AUGGAAAGGCUACGAACUCUGUUCACUCCCUCUAAGCCCAGCCCUGGUGAAUAUCAGCGGCUAGACGAAGAGGAGGCUGACAUUCAGGAGGGAGAGUGCGAGGAGGAGGUGCCAUUCUCAUGGGCCGAGUACUUUAUCUUCGUCCUGAUCGGCGUGGCUAUGCUUUGGUCAUGGAACAUGUUUCUCGCUGCUGCACCCUACUUCUACACGCGCUUCCAGUCUAAUCCAUGGAUCCUGGCGAACUCGCAAUCAUCCAUCCUGACGACAUCAACCAUCGUCAACCUCAUCAGCGUUCUGGUCUUGACCAACAUGCAGUCUGGCGCGAGCUACCCCUUCCGUAUCAUCCUCUCCUUGCUCGCCAAUGCGGUCAUUUUCGCGCUCCUGGCCAUUUCGACGACCACAUUCCUGGGUGUCCCAGCUCCCAUGUAUCUCGCCUUCGUCUUGCUCAUGGUCGCCCUUGCCGCCUGGGCAGCCGGCCUAAUGCAGAACGGCGCUUUCGCCUUCGCCGCUAGCUUCGGCCGGACCGAGUACACUCAGGGCAUCAUGGCCGGUCAGGGCAUUGCCGGCAUUCUGCCCCCCCUGACUCAGAUGCUGUCCUACUUGGCCUUCACCGCGCCCUCAUCGGCCGACGACCAACCAACGGCUGACGACGAGCCUGCCGACCCCUCGACCGGCAGCACCGCAGCCUUUAUCUACUUCCUCACGGCGGUCCUCAUCUCAGCCAUCACCCUGGCAGCAUUCAUCCCGCUCAUGCGGCGCCAAGCCCAAAUCCUCCAACAACGUGCCUUCGCGGCCUCUUUAUCCCCCGAACCUAUCACCGUCACAACCCCCCUCUCCCCAAAGCAGGGCCCAACCCGCCGGAAGCACAUCGGCAUCCUGACCCUCCUUGCCAAACUCCACUGGCUGGCAGGCGCCAUCUUCCUAAGCUUCGCCACUUCCAUGUUCUUCCCUGUCUUCACGGGCAAGAUCCUCUCCGUGCACGACAACUCCAUUUCCCUCUUCUCCCCAGGCGCCUUCAUUCCCCUAGGCUUUUUCGCCUGGAACCUAGGCGACCUCUCGGGCCGUGUCGUCGCGGCCUUGCCCUUUGCCACGUGGCACCGCCUGCUGCGCUGUCGCCAUCCGGCUGCCCUCUUUGCCGUGAGCGUUGCCCGCACGGUCUUCUUGCCGUUUUAUCUCUUGUGUAACCUUCACGGAAAGGGCGCAGUCGUGGAGAGCGAUCUGUUCUAUCUGGCGGUCGUGCAGUUCCCCUUUGGGCUGACCAACGGGUGGUUGGGCGCCAGUGCGAUGAUGGCCGCGGCUGAGUGGGUCGAUGAGGAGGAGAGAGAGGCGACAGGGGCGUUUAUGGGGCUGUGCAUUGUUUCGGGGCUGGCUGUAGGGAGUGUGUUGAGUUUUACUGCUGCGGGGAUCUAG